GCUUCUCCGGUUCAAGCGUGAAAACGGUGGAGAGAGCCAUGGCGAUUGGUUGCUUUCAAAUUGCACCAACUCUCAGACCCGAGGAUCUGCUGGUGGACGUGGACGCCAAGCGCUUGACGAGGACCAGCGCCGCCACAACACCAGAUGCGAAGGCGAAGGAGGUGCACUUCGAUGAACCACAGCUGCGGCGUAGCGCCAGGGAGGCCCGACAGGACCGGCGUCACGCAAAGCUCAGGAACUUUCUCCACAAGUAUGGUUUCAGCGAUGUCAACCGUCCAGUGAUGCUUCUAGGUGGCAAGGACGAGCCCCAUGAUGAAGUCUUCCCAGUUCAUGUUGCUGCGCAUCUUGGAGAACUGGUCAUGCUUCGUUAUUUGGUGGCUGCGGGGGCGGAUUUGCAGCGAAAAAGCGGGCGCGGCUUUUCCGCACAAGACUUUGCCGAGAGCAACCUCUCUGGCCUCAGGCACCAGAUGGUGAUGGACUUUUUGCAGAGCCCCACCAAGACCAGCUCGAUGGGCGAAUUUGUGAAGUCAACCAGGACCCGGGACCUCUGAGCCCCCAAAUUUUCGAAAUUGAACGACCAAGUGCUGGGACAGCCUGCCUGGCUUGCCCAUUUUUGCGUGCGCCUUGAUUAAUUAAUCGUUAGGCCGCGCCGCGCGACUCGUUUCCUGACGGGGCUUGUGUUUGCUGCCCCCUUGGGGAGCAACUCGUGGACAUCCCGGGUUGUUCCUUUCAGGAUUCCGAUUCCUGGAGAAUCUCCAGGAGUGUUUUUGGCAUUCUUCCGGCGGAAAAGCCGUAAAAAACCUCCUGAUAGCCAAUGAAAUCUGAAGCACAUGUGUUUCAGCACUUUCCAAGGCGGGACAU